AUGAUUCUCAACGGCUUUCUUCCCGUUUCCCUCCUCGCCAGCCUGGCUCUCGCCUCGCCCAUCCUUACUAUCCGCAACAACAACGCGACAGACAUCAUUGCGGCCGUCGCGCCAAAGUCAGUAUCAUGCGCCGGCGUGACGGACUUCCCUGACGAGUGCGCCACCGCAAACCACGCAGCCCAGUACAUCCCGGCGGCGUUCCAAAAGUAUGGCAUCUACCGCCCCGGCGAGAUCGCCGGUGUUCUCAGUCUCAUGGCAUUCGAGACUGGCGAUUUCCGCUACUCCCGCAACCACUUCCCCGCGCCCGGCCGCCCCGGCCAGGGCACGCGCAACAUGCAGAUGCCCAGCUACAACCUGAUGUACGCCCUCGCCAUCCCCGAGCUCAAGGACAACGCCACCGCCAUCGCCGGGGGUGUUACCGACGGCUCGACCCUGUCCGACGACAAGAAGAACGCUAUCCUCGACCUCGUGCUCCCCGACGACUACUCCUGGGGCUCGGCUGCUUGGUUCCUGUCGACCCAGUGUGACCAGGGUGUGCGCGACGGCCUCGCUGACGGCACCGUCAAGGGUUUCACGCUCUACAUGGAGUGUAUCGGCACCUCGGGCACGGAGGACCGCGUCGAGUACUGGACGAGGGCCAAGGCCGCUUUCAACAUGGCUUGA